CUUGAAACUUAUCAGCGUAAUAUGGAUGUAGAAGAAUUACACGAGACAAAACUACGUAUAAAAUUAACAAAUAAAGGAACGUUCCUUUAUGGUGGAUGGACUAAGGAAAGAUUGCUCAGCUUGCUAAGAAACAAGCUUAUGCGACAACACGAGAUUGAAUCAUCAUUUAUAUAUCCAUGUAACGAUGCGCAAUGUGACGCAUCACUUGCAUCAUAUCAUUCUGUUAUCCACAGUGGAACAUAUAAUGAAUGUAUUUUAGUCGAACUAGAAAGAAAAGGUCAAGAUCUCUUCUGAAGAAGCUAUUUCUUGUCUUCAUAGUGUGUCGUAUUUAUUUGUACAUUAAAUAAUAAAUUUAAUUAGGUAUGUCUCCACGUAAAAUCAUAAAAGCAUUGAAAUAUGGUCUUCUUAGUCUCAGUCCCGAAGAACUGAAAUAUUUUCGAGAUUUUGGAGCAGAGGUGAACGUCGUGAAUAAUGCAGACAUGUGGUCAAAGAAACUUGACGUGAAAUUGAUAUGGAAUCUUAUAGUCGCCGGUUUAACUGAAAACCAAUGCUGGAAUAUUGUUAUGUGUGGGCUGAUGCCUCAGGAUAAAAAUGUAUUGUGUCGGCUUCUGUGGAGUGGCGUGAAUGUUCCAGGAAUUUUAAAUUGGCCAGGACAGAUCAAGCCAGUUACAUCAACAAUAGUCACUUUUUUGGAGAAACUUGGUAUUGAUGAAGAUGCUCUUCGUUACGUAGAAGAGAACGGAAUCGAUGAUGUAGUUGAAGAUAUGCUGAUUGAUCUUGGAUAUAGUGAAUACGAAGAGAAACAAGCUUUAGAGGAAAUAUUAUGCGAGUGCAGUUUAAGUAUAUUGCAAUCUACGGCAUUUUCAUUAACGACAAGGAUAUCUCGCUCCACUAGUUUAAGUGGAGCAGAUUCUACUUUAAGUACGCAAUACGAUUUUGCUCCGUGUACGUGCUAUUUAAAUUUACUGUCAAAAGAACAAGGCGAUGAAACUGUUAAAAGAAAUAAUUACUUAAGACAAAACGUAAUGAUACCAUUGACGUGGGCGAUAAGUAGAACCUUAAAGUACCAACCAACGAAUCCUCAGCAUUACAUAGCCCAUCAAUUGUUACGUUGGAGAUACGGCAAUGUUCCACAAGAGGAAAUGGAUAGUAUUCAACAAUUUGUCGUUUCCGCUACAAUAGCAAUGGAUCGGAAGCUUGUAGAGAAACGUAAGCGGGAAGAAGAAGAUGCUAUCAGACGUCUAAACGAAACUGCUGUAAAAGAUAUUAUUUGCGAUACGUGUUUAAAGCGACAAAAGCUGUAUCGGAUCAAAUCAGAGAGCGUUGUAGGAAAUGUACAAGAAUCUUAAUAUCGGCGUGAAUCCCAAUAUCGAUGAAUGAAUUUUAAAAAUAUAUUCGGCACUUUAUAUAAAAUAAAUUUGUUAAAUAUAUUCUCUGAAGAGUUUCCUAAAUCCUA